AUGGCCCGUUUCCCCUCUCUCGCCCGCGCACAGCGCCGACCGGGGCGCAGUCAGUCGUUGUCGAGAUCUCUCACCCCCCCCCCCCCGGCCCUGGGCGCCGGAGACGAGAGGCUCCACUUGAGGAGGCCUUCAAGCCCAGGUGCUGGCGACAGGCCUGCUGGCAGCUGCUGCAGGAACAGCUCUGGGGAGGAGAGGCAGCAGGAUGGGAGAGCAGUAGCAGAAACACGCACGGGCAUCAUACAGGCAACCACAGGCAUCAACAUGGGCAACAUGCAGCCGCUGACGACGGGGCCCUGUUUACCGGCGUGUAAGGUGAACCGGCAGGCCGGGGGAGGGGGGGCAGGAGGAGUUCCCAGCGGCCCCUGCGACAGCGCCUGUGAUUCAGGCAACCGAGUGGCGCUCUGCCGCCGUGGGUUCACGAUCUCCCAGAAUGCCCCGCUCUCCUGGGUCCCCCUCGCCCGCUCAGGCUGUGAAAAACCCACCAGGGAGAAGCAGCUAUUAAUACUUCUAGUACAGGCUCUGUGUGAUGGAGAUCUCCUGGCUGCUGGCUCGCCGAUCCACCCCACCCCACCUGAAGCCGCAGUGCCCUGUGUCCCGAGAACUGCAGGCGAGCAGCCCCCCUCCCCCUUAGCUGUGGCGCAGAUCUGUGUGGGCGGUUUCGUCCCGGGGGCAGCGGGGACACAGAGGGACAAGGGAAACCGAGCUGGGCAGGGGUCCAGCGUUGAGACAGCACAGCGUGACCACAACGCCGGCACUGUUCCCCGCCUGACUCACGCCAAGCUCGCCGCCCUGUCCGCUGGGCCCCUGGACCUCGAGAGUCCGAGCCCGACCGGGCCUCGGCGGUGUGGGACUGUGGGAUUCCUGCCCUCCUCCCUAACGCCCCCCCCCCUUCUCUCUCCCCCAGUGCGGGGAUGUCGCCCGGGGAAGAUCGUGCAGAUGACGGAGGCGGAGGUGCGGGGCCUGUGCAUCAAGUCCCGGGAGAUCUUCCUCAGCCAGCCCAUCCUGCUGGAGCUGGAGGCCCCCCUUAAAAUCUGCGGCGACAUCCACGGGCAGUACACAGACCUGCUGCGGCUCUUCGAGUACGGCGGCUUCCCCCCCGAGGCCAACUACCUGUUCCUGGGCGACUACGUGGACCGGGGCAAGCAGUCGCUGGAGACCAUCUGCCUGCUGCUGGCCUACAAGAUCAAGUACCCCGAGAACUUCUUCCUGCUGCGCGGCAACCACGAGUGCGCCUCCAUCAACCGCAUCUACGGCUUCUACGACGAGUGUGAGUCUCCGGGGGUGUCCCCUCGCCCUGUCCUGACCUCUCCCUCCGUCUCUCCAGGACUGUCUCCUGACCUGCAGUCCAUGGAGCAGAUCCGUCGCAUCAUGAGACCCACAGACGUCCCGGACACAGGGCUGCUGUGCGAUCUGCUGUGGUCGGACCCCGACAAGGACGUCCAGGGCUGGGGGGAGAACGACCGCGGCGUCUCCUUCACCUUCGGGGCCGACGUGGUCAGCAAGUUCCUCAACCGGCACGACCUGGACCUCAUCUGCAGGGCGCACCAGGUGGUGGAGGACGGCUACGAGUUCUUCGCGAAGAGGCAGCUGGUCACCCUGUUCUCCGCUCCCAAUUACUGCGGGGAGUUCGACAACGCCGGGGGGAUGAUGAGUGUGGACGAGACCCUCAUGUGCUCCUUCCAGAUCCUGAAGCCGUCUGAGAAGAAAGCCAAAUACCAGUACGGGGGCAUGAACUCGGGCCGGCCGGUCACCCCCCCGCGCACAGCGACCCCCCCGAAGAAGCGGUGAAGCGCAUGCGCACGGCGAGAGAGAGAGAGAGAGAGAGAGAGGACAGGACCCUCAGCGGCCACCACCGCCCGCCCCAGGCGAGAAGAAGACGCAUCCGAAAAAAAUAACCACAAGCGCCGACGACAAACCAACACGAAUUUAAAAACCGAAACGACAACUUGCUUCUUUUUUUUUUUAAAGGAAAAAAAAAGCCUGUCUCCUGUUAGGUGCCCACGCCUCGUUGAUUUCCUGCACUGCUGCCCCACCCUCACCCCUUCCCUCUGUAACCACGCCUGUUUAUAAAAAGUAUUUAAAUUCA